AUGCAUCCCGUCCAGGCCCUGUCGAGUAAUGCUUCCAUUGGCAACGGCAUCAUGGACCCCUCGGGCACCAUCAAUCCAGCUGCGCUGAACUCUGCAGCAGGAUUCGCAGGCUCGCCGUCGCAACAAGCCGUCGCAACGCAAUCAUCUCGAGGAGUCAAGCGGAGUCGCUCCCCGGACGGCUAUGGAGAGUCGCAAGCUGAUCAUGACGAGCAUGGUAAAUCCAGAAAGCGCGUUCGACCAAAAGGCCACGAUAGCCCCGCCCGCAAUUCGCACCUGCCUCCCACCCCUUCCUCGCAAACAAGCGCUGCCCCGCCUGUCCAGACCCCCCAAUUACCGAAUGCCUCGAUCCCGCACGCCUCGCCGCCACAGCUAUCCUCCUCCAAGCCGACACCAACUAAGCCAUCCGUCAUCAAGGCACUGCCCACGGUCCGGGACCAUACCACAGACCAGCUGAACCCAGAAGGAGAUGAGUACAUACCCCGUGAGAUUGACGAAGCAGGGGAAACAAAGGUGACGGCGACGGGCCAUCCUUUGGGUGGGCGAGAGUACCGAUGUCGGACCUUCUUCGUUCCGAACCGUGGAGAUAAACUCUUCAUGCUUGCGACCGAGUGCGCCCGCGUGCUUGGCUACCGAGACUCGUACCUACUCUUCAACAAGAACAGAUCUCUGUACAAGAUCAUCGCCACGCAGGCCGAAAAGGAUGAUCUGAUCCAUCAAGAGAUAUUGCCAUAUUCCUAUCGGUCUCGCCAGAUCGCCAUUGUAACAGCGCGUUCCAUGUUCAGGCAAUUUGGAAGCAAACUCAUUGUGAACGGCAGAAGAGUUCGUGAUGAUUACUGGGAGAGCAAAGCACGUAAGCAAGGAUUUACUGAGGAGGACGCCGCAGGUGAAAAGAGACCAGGUGCGGCGAAGGCGAGGGAAGCCGCAGCGGCUGAGGCCAAUCAUGCUACUGCCCAGGCCUUCACAUUUACUCAGCCAAGUCCCUAUACUGGGAAGCUUGAACAGGACUACCUGGGUGCUGCAGCGAACCCGCAUCAGCCAUUCGGAGGCAUCAAUCCUGCGCCGGGAGCCGUGCCUACGGGAAAUGCAGAGCCAUUCAAUCAGCGACCUACGACGGACCUUCAGCCUCGAGACUACAGUGGAGUGCAGCGGGGCAGGCAAGAUCUGUCGGGUAUGCCAUACCAAGAUAUGACCAGGCCCACCAACGCUGGCGAGAUUCUCAAUCAGGCCGCACAGGCUGCAGAUUUGAACAAGCAGAUCACUCAGCAACGUAAGCACCGUAAGGAAUACCUGGAGAGCGUCUGGGCGCGGCCACAUGAGCCCUCCCCCCAACCUCAACGUCCCGUCACCGUCGAAGGCGAGAGCGCACCCCAGGUGACGACCCAAGCUGUGCAGUCUCCGCACAUUCCCCCUUCGAAUCCCGCGGCUACCCCGACCCAGUACGGUGUAGUAUCUGGAACGCCUCAGCGCGGUCAAGCAAUGGCUCCGCAACCGUACCGCCAACAGAGCCUUCCUCAAUCCUCCAUGGUUCCAUCGCCUUUGGCCCCCCAACAUACUCCUUUGCGUCCCGAUCAAAUGCAAAGACGUCCACCUAGUAUGGGAAUGCUUCCUCAGGGGAUGCCUCAGGGAAUGCCGUCCUCCGCCAUGCUUCCAAACAUUGCACAUGGUCAAGCGCCCGCUCACGGCUAUGCGCCUUCCCACAUGUGGCCUCAGGGACCGCCGCAGCCAUCGCCACUGUCCCAGCAGCAUAACAUGCAGCCACAGUAUGCACAGCGUCCCCCACAGCAAUCGCCUCUUCCGCAGCCUUCGCCCAUGCAUGCAUCAGCCCAACUUCACCAGCCUCAAAGCACCGGGUCCAUGCAUGGCACUCCUGUUCAGCAGUACCAAACAAUGGCCGCAAUGGAUCCGGGCUACCAAGCGAUGUCUCAGAACACCUAUCCACAGACUGCUAGUCCACAGCAGUUCAUGCCCCAUCAGAGCAACCCGACACCGCAACCUGGUAUGAGUGGGUGGACACAAGCGCCACAGGGGCCUCAACAGGGCUGGCAGACAUAUUGA